AUGCCCUCCCAGACAGCCGUUCUUGCUUUUCUAUCCCUUUUUACGAAAGUGUCUGCUUGGGGAAAUCUAGGCCAUACCACUGUUGCGCUCAUCGCUCAAAACUUCGUCUCCCCGCGCACGACCCAAUUUGCACAACAGCUCCUCAAUGACAGCUCAAGUACCUAUCUAGGGAAUAUCGCCACGUGGGCAGACUCCUAUCGUUCCACACCUGAGGGGGCUUUCUCAUCUCCUCUACACUACAUUGACGCACUGGAUACACCUCCACUAUCCUGCAACGUUGAUUACGAACGCGAUUGUCCCGAAGAAGGAUGCAUCGUCAGUGCGCUUGCAAACUACACUGUCCGCGUAACGGCAAAAGGGAUUCCCAUAGCAGAGAAGGCAAAAGCGCUCAAAUGGGUGGUACACUUCUUGGGCGAUGUGCAUCAGCCCCUGCACGUUGAGAACCUUGAAGUCGGAGGAAACGGCAUCAACGUCACAUUUGGCGGCGCCAAGACAAACCUCCAUCAUAUCUGGGACUCCAACAUUCCUGAGAAACUGCGUGGAGGGAAUGGGAUUGGAGAUUCAAAGAAGUGGGCCGCUGAGCUUACCAAAGAAAUCAACAAGGGCAAAUUCGCGAAAUCGAGGAAGAGUUGGUUAGACGGCAUGAGCAUCAGGAACCCUGUCGAUAGUACCAUGGUUUGGGCGCGCGAAACUAAUGCGUAUGUUUGCAGCGCAGUUGUUCCGCAGGGUGAGGAAGCGGUCAAAAACCAGGAAUUAAGCGGGAGUUAUUACGAUAAGGCAGUUCCGGUUGUGGAGGCACAGGUUGCAAAGGCUGGAUAUCGCUUGGCUGCAUGGUUGGAUCUGAUUGUAGGAGAGCAAGAUGAUGGCCAUGGCAAUGGCCAUGGACGGGGAAAUGCUGGUAAGAAGGAGGCUUAUAGGCUGGCAAAGAAUGCAAAAAGGAAGAUCGAGCUAGAGCCGUGGAUGGUGGAGGCUAGGAAGGCAAGGCGGGCAGCCAGUUGGCUCUGCGUACAUGAUCACUGA